AUGUUGGCGCAGAGACUCACCCAGCAGUCGCUCCGGCGGUUAGCCGCCCAGCCCAAUGCGCUCCGAAUCGCGACCCCAGCAGCCGUCGCGACUGGCGCGGCCUUCAACAAGGUCCAGCGGAGACAAGUCGCCGCCCGCGCGGAGAUCUCCCCCGAGGAAGCCCGCAGCACGAUCCUCGGAAAACAGCGCCUGAACCGCCCCGUCGCCCCCCAUCUCGCCAUCUACAAACCACAAAUCACAUGGUACCUCUCCGCCCUCAACCGAAUCACUGGCUGUGCCGUCAGUGGUGCCUUCUACGCCUUUGGUGGUCUCUAUUUGAUCGCUCCUACCCUCGGAUGGCACUUGGAGUCGGCAGUCAUUGCGGCCAGCUUCGCUGCGUGGCCAAUGUUCUUGCAGGUGGCCACCAAAAUGAUUGUGGCACUGCCAUUCACUUUCCAUUCUUUCAACGGUGUGAGGCAUUUGGUUUGGGACACGGCGAAGAUGAUUACGAACAAGAAGGUCAACCAGUCGGGAUGGACUGUUGUGGGACUGAGCGUGGUUUCUGCAUUGGCCUUGGCUUUUGUAUAG